GAUGACAUUAAACACCCAGCAGGAAGCGAAGACCCCCCUGCGCCGUCGAGCCAGCACUCCGCUUCCCCUGGCCCGCAGGGCUCACCAGCCUAGUCUCCUGUGUGCAGAGCCCACCACUAAGCCUCAGCAUCCCCGGCUGGGCCAGUCAGCCUCCCUCAACCCGCCCGCCCGGACCCGGUCACCUACCCCCAACGGCUGGUCCUCUGAAUCCAGCGAUUCUGAAGGCUCCUGGGAGGCCCUGUACCGCGUGGUGCUGCUUGGAGACCCUGGGGUAGGGAAGACCAGCCUGGCCAGCCUCUUUGCAGGAAAGCAAGAGCGGGACCCCAAUGAUCAACUGGGAGAAGAUGUAUAUGAACGGACCCUCACAGUGGACGGGGAGGACACCACGCUGGUGGUCGUGGACACCUGGGAGGCAGAGAAACUGAAUGAAAGCUGGAGCCAGGAGCUGUGCCUGCAGGUGGGGAGUGCCUAUGUCAUCGUGUACUCCAUCGCAGACCGAGGCAGCUUCGAGAGCGCCUCCGAGCUCCGCAUUCAACUGCGGCGUACACAUCAGGCUGACCAUGUGCCCAUCAUCCUCGUGGGCAACAAAGCUGACCUAGUCCGCUGCCGGGAAGUAUCCGUGGAAGAGGGCCGCGCCUGCGCUGUCGUGUUCGACUGCAAGUUCAUCGAGACGUCAGCCACGCUGCAGCACAACGUGGCCGAGCUCUUCGAGGGCGUGGUGCGCCAACUGCGCUUGCGCCGCCGGGACAGCACGACCAGGGAGCCACCGGCUCCCAGACGACGGGCCAGCCUGGGCCAACGUGCUCGCCGCUUCCUGGCGCGCCUGACAGCCCGCAGCGCCCGCCGCCGGGCACUCAAGGCCCGAUCCAAGUCCUGCCACAACCUGGCCGUGCUCUGAGGCCACC